AUGGCUUUCCCCGGCGGCGGUGCGAUGCCUCCCCAAGAGUCGCAAGGCGGAUCCCCAGGCGCGGCGGCUUCUCUGGGCCCCCCGGAUCCUGAGAUGAAGGCUAUGACCAACUUUAUGGAGAACUGCUUUACGAAGAGUAUCAUGUCUGGUGUCAUGGGUUUCGGUAUGGGAGGAUUGUUUGGCAUGUUCAUGGCAUCUAUGUCCUACGACACCCCCUUCCACACAGCAACGACGGCCGGCCAAACGACGGUGACGCCCAUCGCGGACUUACCUCUGCGCCAGCAGCUGCGCGUGGGCUUCAAGGACAUGGGCACGCGGUCGUACAGCAUGGCCAAGAACUUUGGCAAAGUCGGCGCGCUGUUCGCGGGCAUCGAGUGCGGUAUCGAGGGUCUGCGGGCCAAGAACGAUUUGGGCAACGGCGUCGCUGCGGGAUGUCUGACGGGCGGGAUCUUGGCCAAGAAUGCUGGGCCGCAGGCUGCGUUGGGCGGGUGUGUUGCGUUUGCGGCGUUUAGCGCUGCUAUCGAUGCGUACAUGAGGCAGCCGAGCGAUGAGUAG